AGCAGGGGAGGGGGCAGGGGCGCCGCGCACGCGCAGGGCCGGCGGCGCGCGCGGAGCGGGGGGCACCGCGCGGGUGCAGCCACGAUGGAAGGGGGUGCGUACGGAGCGGGCAAAGCCGGGGGCGCCUUCGACCCCCACACCCUGGUCCGGCAGCCGCACACUAUUCUGCGCGUCGUGUCUUGGGUGUUCUCCAUCGUGGUAUUCGGCUCCAUCGUGAAUGAGGGCUACCUCAACAACAACUCGGGGGGCGAGAAGUUCUGCAUCUACAACCGCAACCCCAGCGCCUGCAGCUAUGGCGUGGCUGUGGGCGUGCUCGCCUUCCUCACCUGCCUGCUCUACCUGGCCUUGGACGUGUACUUCCCGCAGAUCAGCAGCGUGAAGGACCGCAAGAAAGCUGUCCUGUCCGACAUUGGGGUUUCAGCCUUCUGGGCCUUCCUCUGGUUCGUGGGCUUCUGCUUCCUGGCCAACCAGUGGCAGGUGUCCAAGCCGAAGGACAACCCAAUGAAUGAAGGGACAGAUGCGGCCCGGGCCGCCAUCACCUUCUCCUUCUUCUCCAUCUUCACGUGGGCGGGCCAGGCCAUGCUGGCCUUCCAACGGUACCAGAUUGGCGCCGACUCGGCCCUCUUCUCCCAGGACUACAUGGACCCCAGCCAGGACUCCAGCAUGCCUUACGCCCCCUACGUGGAGCCCAGCGCCGGGCCGGACCCCGCCGGCAUGGGUGGGACCUACCAGCAGCCGGCCAACGCCUUUGACACCGAGCCCCAGGGCUACCAGUCCCAGGGCUACUGAGCUGCCGUGACCACCUGCCCCUUGCCUGUCCCCGCCCCAGUCCCAGCUGCCCCUCCCCCCCACCCCUGCCCACACCCAGACCCUUGCUCCCUCCCAGACUGCCCUGCCCAGCGCCUUGCCAGCCUCUGCGCUGUUCUGCUGUGGUCCAGGGCAGCUCGGUGGGAUGGGGCGGUGAGGUGUUGGGGGUGCGUCUCCGCGUGUGUGCAAGGCUGUCUGGCAGGGGCUGGGGGCGUUUGCACUCGUGCGUUGUGUCACCGAGCGUUCAUCACGUGCCUACUGUGUGUCACGUAUGGGCUUGAUACAGGUAGUGAGAGACCAGUGGCCCAGGGAAGGGGGAAGACAAGGUGCAGAGGAGCCCCGCUGGUCCCGGAGGUGGGAAUUGGUGUGAAAGCCCGGGAUGAUGCCAGGAAGGUUUGGCUCCGGGGUGUGUGGGGACACGUGGAGGACACUGGGGGCUGUCACCCAGCCCUACUACGAGCAUGGGGGCGGUCUCCGUUUUAUGGUUGAGAGCACUGAGGCCUGCAGAAGUCAGGGUCCCUUGCCCAGGGUCACGCAGGCAGCCAGUGAUAGAGUUGGGCCCAAGCCCCAGCCACCUGACUGGAGAGCCCCUGCUGUCUCCUGUCUUCCCUGCCUUCCCCGUCCCUGGGGCUCCACCACUCAGUAUUCCUGUCACUCUGGGAGGCCUUGGGGACCUCAGCCCGUGAGAGAACCCCGAUUCUUCUGCAAGCCAAGGGCCCGCUCUGCCCGGCUGCUCCCCACAGCGGGACAGCCCAGCCUCCAGGCCCCGCUCCCCACAGCGGGACAGCCCAGCCUCCAGGCCCCGCUCCCCACAGCGGGACAGCCCAGCCUCCAGGCCCCGCUCCCCACAGCCCCACAGCCCCUCCCCCAGCCUCCAGUCAGGGUGGGAGGCCGCGGGGCUCGCCUCACUCACCAGUUUCCCCACGUGCUGUUCCGUGCUGUGCGCCCCACGGGGAGCUCUAGCACCCUCUUUGUGGCCUCCCAAAGGACUGACCGUUGUCCCUGCCCAGGGCUGGGCGGACGAGGAGGCUCAGAGUGGGGAGUGACCGGCCCAAGGUCGUAGUGACUGAGUGGCAGAGCUGGGCUUGCUGCCCGGGUUUCUUGGCCCCAGCCACCCAGCGGGUGCCCCAAUGCCCUGCCCUGCCCUUGUGACCUCCCAGGAAACAGAAGUGAUCUGGGACACUGUGUCAUCUUUCCCUCAGCUGGGGUUAGCCAAGGGGCUCGGGGCCUGGAACACCCAAGGACAUGUAGAGUCCUUCCACUGGCCUUCCAGAAGGCCCAAUGAGAGGACCGUCUCCCUGUGGGAGUCAGGGGAGAGAGGGCAGGGGCUGUGGAACCCUCAAGGCCAGCCUCCGAGCUGCUGCCGUGGGACAAACCGCUCCCAAGAUGAACGCUGAGAGCCCCUGGUGCAUGGUAGGCUGGGGGAGACGGUAGCAGGUGUCUCCAAAGGCACGAGGAGGAUUGGGAGGAGGAAGGGAUUCUUCACUGAACCUUAAAGGAUGGGGAGGCCUUAAAGGAGAGAGGCGUGGGGGUGCAUGGGGCCCCGCGUCCACUGGCCGGUGCCCCAGGGAGCAGGACCAGGAUAUCGUGGCCUGGCACCAUGCUGGCUGUUCCCACCACCGGCACCCCAUGCCCCCACAAGAAUCCUCAGAGGCAGGUGAUACUCACUCACUUGCCCAUUGACUCAGCAGCUGUCUCAUGCCAGGGUUUCAGAAAACAUGCAAACUGGCUAUCCAGAGAUGUGUCCCAAGCCAACCACUGUACCCAGGGUCCACCAGGGGGCAGAGUGCUAUCCCGAGUGCUUGCCGCGGUGGGGUGGGGGUGGAGGGGGCUCUAGGAGGGGCCAGGAGGAUGGGCAGCAGUUAGCACAGUGAUGAGGGAAGAAGGAGGAAUUUCCUAGAUUGAGAAGUAGCAUCGUUGUCCCCACUCAACAGAAAGCGAAACUGAGGCUCAGAGUGUAAACAAGUUAGCAGUGGAGCAGGGAUCUGAACUUGAGCCUGUUCAAAUCCUCGGGAGGGGCAGCAGUGACAGGAGAGAUCCUCAGACAGCCAAGGAACAGCUGGUCUUCAUAUACUCCAAUUUCCACAUCUGGGGGAGGCGCCCUGUCUCUGGUAACCCGCCAGUGGCACAAGUGGGGAUGGGAUGAAGUGGUGGCGUUUACCAGGCCGAGCAGCGGAGCCUGUACAAGACCCAAGUUUGAGAAGCAGGUAAGGGGCGCGGGUGGUUGUGGGUGCGCUUCUGGCAAAGUGAGGUUCUGUACACACGCGGGAGGUUGAGAGAGGUCCGGCACCAAACAGCUCCCCUGCUGAUGGACACCAGGAGACCCCAUUCUCCCUGGGCACCAACCAGCUGCUCAUGAUAUGGAGCUGGAGGGUUGGGUACCACUUGAGUUUCGCCGAUCCCCUUGGUAUUUCUUCUAGACUGUCCCUGCCACCCCAGACUGGGGAAGUUUACAGAACCCCUGCCAUGAGGGAGGGGCCCAGAAUCUUCUCACUUUGCAUUCUUCACUCGACCUGGGGUACAGCCCAGACAUGAUCCCACCAUCAAGCUGGGUGUUGGCAGGGGCCCAAUAGUGGUGCAGGUGAUAAAUGGGGAGAGGGCGGGAUUCAGCUGGAACCCAGGACUCCUGACUCCCCUUCUGCGGGUUUGGUAGGGACCCCCUGCUUCUUCCACUGACUGAGGACAGCACCCAGGAGGUCCCAAACUUAGAACCCAUGUUCGUGGGCCAACAGUAUCCUCUUUCCCCCUCCCUGCUGCCUCCCUCGGCCUCUCCCUUGCUUCCAACCCUUUCUUUGGAGAAGGCUGCCGCCUGCAGCCUGACCUUGCCGGGCUUGGGCUCCCUCCUUCCACCAAGCACAAGAGAGGGCCCAGGAAAACUGGGUUCCACACAAGUUUAGAGUUGCAAGGACCCUUAGAGAAGGUAGAGUAGGCCAAGAAGACCGUCAUUUGUCCAAAGUCCUGCAUAGAGAAGUUGAGGACGUCGGUCUCCUGCCCCUGAGUUAACACCCUGCACAGUCUUGGGCCGUCUGCCCGGGUGUGGUGUCUGGUACUGGGGGUGUGACAGUGGGGGUCUAAUUCUCCAGGGUGUGGCAUCCGCUCCCUUACUCCACCCUCCCGUGAUUUUUGAUCUUCAAAGACUCUCGGGGGCAUCAGGCUCCCCCCAUGUAACCAAGAGCCCCCACUUGUUACCCCUUGAGGGCCCCCAACCUUGGCCCAAGACCCCUUUGAUUCUCUAAGGAGCAGGAAGGGGGAGCACCCCUCCCAAGAGUUUGUGGGAGGAUGGGCUGGUCCAGCCAUCUCCUAGCGCUGCCCCUUAAUGUGACAUUCCCCAUCCCCUGGUGCCCACAGCCCUUGUCUGGGUGUCCCAGCCCUCCUGCAGCGUAACUGCCUGUGUAUAGUAUAAAUAUAUAUAUUUUCUAUAUAUAAGAUGUAUAAUAUAAGGCUCCACAAAUAUAUCUCUGUGUGUGCGCGUGUGUGCAGUGAAUGGCGGUCCCCAUCCUGGGCCCCCACUCUGGACUCCCCCACCACCUGGUUAAGUCUCAAGAGUGAAUCCAGUGGCCCCGUGACACCCUCCAUUAUGACAUCUGUCCAUUUGUGGUGAACCAAGUGAAGGUGGUGACUUCUGGUGACAUAGUAAUAAAGUGAAGACAAACCCACCAGCUGA